AUGGCCGACAACUGCUGCUCUAGAAACUUCUCCAGCUGCGGCAUUAGACAUUGCCAGCCAUAUUCAGGUUUCCCCUGUGGCUCUUCCUACCCCAGCAACCUGGUCUACACCACUACCACUUGCUCUCCCAGCACCUGCCAGGUGGAUUCCUCUGUGAACAACGGAUGUCAGGAGACCUGCACUGAGCCCACCAGCUGCCAGAGGUCCUGUGCAGUGUCCAGACCCUGCCAGACAGUCUGUUACUACCCGAGGAGCUCCACACCUUGCAGUCCCUGCUGGGGAAUGUGUGCUGGAUCUCUGAGCUUUGGAUCCAGCAGCUGCUGUUCCCUGGGCUGUUUAUCCAGUGGCUUGAGAUCUCUGAAUUGCGGAAUCUAUGGCUUUCCCUCCCUGUGUUAUGGGUCUGGAUUCAACUACCCAGAAUACUUGGCUUCUACAACAUUCCAACCCUCUUCUUAUAGAUCAGUCUAUGGCAUUGCCUUCUAG